AUGCCUAGCAAACGUGCUGCAGAAGAUUCCGCGGACUGGGCCUCUUCGUCUAAGCGGUCAAGGAGGACGAGGGACGACGACGACGACUACCUCAAUGUAGAUGACGACGACGAAAUCCGCGAUGAGCCUUCACCUUCAUAUUCAUCUCUGAUUCCUCGCGGCGCGACGAUCAAGCUCAGCGCAUUGUCUCGUAAGCUGGCGGAGAAACGGAAACCACAGGACGGCGUGGAGGAUGGUGAUGGCCGCGACCUCGAUGCACAUCGCCGUCAGCAGGACACGCUGGUCUCGCACGUAUUCCAGGAGCAAGAUUUCUCGUGGUUGCAUCUAAAGCCAGAUCACGCUUCUCGUCCUCUGUGGAUUAGUCCCGAAGACGGGCACAUCAUCCUUGAAGCCUUCUCGCCCAUUGCUGAGCAAGCGCAAGACUUCCUAGUAGCUAUUAGCGAGCCGGUUAGCAGACCUGCCUUCAUACACGAGUACAAGCUCACUUCCUAUUCCCUGUAUGCCGCCGUCUCCGUCGGUCUCCAAACGGAGGACAUAAUAGAAACACUAAUUGUCGAGUCCCUUACAAAGGUCUUGAACCGUUUAUCAAAGGUUCCGGUGCCCGAAAGCAUUGUCGCGUUUAUCAGGGAGCGAACACUGUCUUACGGCAAGGUCAAGCUUGUCCUCAAGCACAACAAAUAUUUCGUGGAGUCGAGCCACCCCGAAACGCUCCAAGUCUUGUUGAAGGACAAGAUCAUUCGCGAGGCGCGUGUGCAUUCGCAGCCCACGGAUAAUAGCAUCAAGGCGGCCACCUUCACGACUUCAAAGGCGCCCGUCAGAGGCAACCUUGUUAUCCCGGGAACAAAGGAAGCGGAAAAGAAGAAAGACGACUCUGCUGGCAAAGGCUCCACUGCGAAUGGUUCAAACACGGACGCGGAGCUUUUCACGUCUGUAGUCGGCGUGGAGGGAGACGAAGUGGACGAGGACGAUGACAAUGUUCAUGCCUUCGAGAUCGACGAUGGAAAAAUCGACGACGUCAAGAAGCGGUGUAAUGAACUCGAGUAUCCAAUGCUGGAGGAAUACGAUUUCCGCAACGAUACAAUCAACGCCAACCUGGACAUCGACCUGAAGCCAUCUACCGUCAUCCGGCCGUACCAGGAGACUAGUCUCAGUAAAAUGUUCGGCAACGGUCGUGCACGGUCUGGAAUCAUUGUCCUACCGUGCGGAGCCGGUAAGACCCUCGUCGGUAUCACUGCCGCGUGUACGAUCAAGAAGUCCUGCCUUGUGCUCUGCACGUCGUCGGUUUCGGUGAUGCAGUGGAAACAGCAGUUCCAACAAUGGUCCAACGUCACCGACCGCCAGAUUGCCGUGUUCACCGCUGACCAGAAGGAGAAGUUUGCCGGUGAUAGUGGUAUAGUCAUCUCGACCUACUCCAUGGUCGCGAACACGCACAAUAGGUCGCACGAGUCAAAGAAGAUGAUGGAGUUCCUAACCUCGCGUGAAUGGGGUUUUAUUCUUCUGGACGAAGUGCAUGUUGUCCCCGCUGCGAUGUUCCGCAGGGUGGUAACGACCAUCAAGGCGCAUUCAAAGCUCGGCUUGACAGCGACGCUGGUCCGCGAGGACGACAAAAUCGCUGACCUAAACUACAUGAUCGGGCCGAAGCUAUAUGAGGCAAACUGGAUGGAUCUUGCCGCCAAAGGACAUAUUGCAAACGUCCAGUGUGCAGAGGUUUGGUGCCCGAUGACACCAGAGUUCUACCGUGAAUACCUGCGCGAGCAGUCGCGGAAACGCAUGCUGCUGUACUGUAUGAAUCCGCGCAAGUUCCAAGCCUGCCAAUUUCUCAUCAAGUACCACGAGGACCGUGGUGAUAAGAUCAUUGUAUUUUCGGACAACGUCUUCGCGCUUGAGGCCUACGCCAAGAAGCUCGGAAAGCUCUACAUUCACGGUGGGACGGGGCAGGUAGAGCGGAUGCGGAUAUUACAGUGGUUCCAACACAGUCCGGACGUCAACACCAUCUUCCUAUCGAAAGUCGGAGAUACUUCCAUCGACUUGCCCGAAGCCACAUGCCUUAUUCAGAUUUCCUCGCAUUUCGGUUCCCGCAGACAAGAGGCACAGCGCCUAGGGCGCAUACUGCGAGCCAAGCGGCGGAACGACGAGGGCUUCAACGCGUUCUUCUACUCGCUGGUCUCGAAUGACACGCAAGAGAUGUUCUACAGCACGAAGCGCCAGCAGUUCCUGAUCGACCAGGGGUACGCGUUCAAGGUCAUCACGCACCUGGACGGGCUGGAGAACCUCCCGGACCUCGUCUACAAGUCGCGCGACGAGCAGAUCGAGCUGCUCUCGUCCGUGCUCCUCGCGAACGAGAGCGAGGCGGACCUCGGCACGGACGUGCGCGCGGGCGAGGGCGACCUGGCCGGCACGAUCACGUCGAAGGACUUUGGCAUGCCGUCCAAAUUCCCCGGCGUGCAGCGGACGUCGGGCUCGCUCACCGCGCUCAGCGGCGCGCAGCACAUGUCGUACGUCGAGCAGAACAAGUCCGUGAACAAGAAGCUCGCGCGCGAGCAGGCUCCGCGACAUAAGCUUUUCGCUAAGCGCGACAAGAACCUCGCCUCCGCACGGAAGGAGGCCAAGGCGGCUACGCGCAGUGGCUAG